AUGUCGCCCGAGACGUGGAAGCGCAAGCCGACGACGCUCGCCGCCAUCUUCGGCAUCACGAUCCCGUACCGCCCGCCGACGAGCCCCUUCGGCGCGUUCAUCUGGCGCAAGCGCAUGCUCUUCGAGACCACGAUCGGCCUCUGCCUGCUCGAGACCUGGGAGAAGAUCCUGAUGAUCGUCAUCCUGUACUCGAUCGCGAUAUUCGCCAUGACCGGCCUGUACAAGUACGCGCCCCAGUCGGCCGUGUAUGCCACCCAGCGCGCGACGUACUAUCUCCUGGGGCAGGAGCCAGACCCGAGCGCGGACGGCCACGUCGCAGGGUGGGCGGCGCGGAACCUCACGGGCGAGCUGUGA